AUUCCUAAUAAAGUGACAGAACACUUUCUUUACCUAUUUUUCUCCCAUUAAAUAAACCGUUUAGGAAAAAAUCUUGCCGACAGCGAUUUUGACCUUGACAAGCAGCACUCCUAGCUAGCUAAGUUUUAUAAGGUGUUUCCCACUCCUGUCGACUUUUUUGUCUGAUGGGAAGAUGGGGAUGAUGACAUUUUCCUCCUUCACUUUCUUUAAUUUCUCUUCGUAUUUCACCUCUCUUGCUCUUUUAACAUCAUUCUACAGUAUUUAUUUCGUCUUGAUUUCAGCAAAUGUGAGUGGAUUUGAUUCACUCAUACAACUGCUGCCAUCAUCUGCUUCUUUGAGGAACGCCAUCCGAAAAUCAGAAACCAUUUUUCGUGUCGACGAUUUUGGAGCGGUUGGAGAUGGCUUCACCGAUGACACUAAUUCUUUUAAAGAUGUUUGGCAUAUGGCCUGCUCUUCACCAUCAAGAUCAAAGAUUGCUAUUCCUACUGGAUAUGUUUUCUUAGUUCGACCAAUUAAUUUUGGUGGUCCUUGCCGGUCAAAGGUGUCUUUACGGAUUGAAGGUACUAUUUUAGCACCAAAGGAUCCUGAAGUCUGGAAUGGCCUGAAUCCACGAAGAUGGCUUUAUUUCUUUAAAGUAAAACACCUAACAGUAGAAGGAGGAGGAAAUAUAGAUGGUAUGGGCCAAGAGUGGUGGGCUCGGUCAUGCAAGGUCAACAGAACAAAUCCGUGCCACCAUGCUCCAACGGCUUUAACUUUCCACAAAUGCAACAACCUGAAAGUCAGGAACAUAAAGCUCCUUAAUAGUCAACAAAUGCAUUUAGUGUUUACUGAUUGCAAGCAUGUUGCAGUAUCAAAGCUCGUAAUCUUAGCCCCAGCUGAUAGCCCUAACACUGAUGCAAUUCAUAUAAGUUCAUGUACAAAGGUCAAUGUCAAGGAUUGCACUAUUGGCACAGGAGAUGACUGCAUAUCUAUUGUCGGCAAUUCAUCACGGAUCAAAGUCAACAACAUUGUCUGUGCUCCGGGCCAUGGUAUAAGCAUUGGAAGCUUGGGCAAGUCAAAUUCAUGGGGUCAGGUUUACAAUGUCCAUGUUAAUGGAGCAUUUAUAUCCAACACUGAGAAUGGAGUUAGGAUAAAGACUUGGCAGGGAGGUUCUGGGUAUGUCAGAAAGGUUACUUUCAAGAAUGUCUGGAUGGAAAAUGUGUCAAACCCUAUCAUUAUAGACCAAUAUUAUUGUGAUUCUAUGGAACCCUGUGCAAACCAGACUUCAAACAUUGGCAUUGACAAGGUAUCCUUUGUGGGUAUUAAAGGAACUUCAGCUACAGAAAAGGCAAUAACAAUUGCCUGCAGCGAUAGCUUCCCCUGUAGAAAGUUGUACUUGGAAGAUGUUCAACUUACUUCAUUUUCUGGGGAUUAUACAACAUCUUUUUGCUGGCAGGCAUAUGGCUCAACCUCAGGUUUAAAUUAUCCCCCUCCUUGCUUUCCCUGUAAUGAUAACAUUCUUCGGCCAACAGUUUCAUCCAACUGGAUUCGAUCAAUUUGAUGUCUUCUAUUCUAAUAGCACAAAGGCCUGGACCAUAUAAUCUGUUGAAAGCUACCAAAUGUAUUGUCAUUAAAUAUUCAUUAUCCUGGGAAAGGCUAGUUAACUUGUCGAGCAAGUGGAAAUGUUUGAUCCACGACGUACUGAUCAGUAGCUGCUCCAAGUACUGAUGUUUAUGGAAGAAAAUAUGAGUGUUGAUGAAUGGAUCUUAAUUGCCUCGUGACAUAUAACCGUUCUGUAAAUAAAGUGUUCAUUCUUUUUGAUGAAUCUUCAUGAAAACAAGUGUAUCAUAUCUAACAACUAGGAUGACAAAGUAGAAAUGCUUCCAUGUACGUAUGCUGUGGAUUUGAAUCUUCUACUGUAUCUCAUUGUAUACUAUGCUCGAUCAGAUUACUUGAGGUUA